AUGUUACCUGCAACUAUAGUUGAUGGAGAUUUAAACGAAAGGUACAGAAUUAGAGAUGGGGGAGAAUAUGCUCCAAGUGAUUGUAAAAGUCUGUUUAGUACAGCAAUCAUCGUCCCAUACCGGGACAGAGCCGAACUAUUGCGAAGUUUCUUGGUGUAUAUGCAUUCGUUCUUGAGUCGUCAACAUAUCCACUAUCGGAUAUAUGUUGUGGAACAAGUUGAUUCACAACCAUUCAACAGGGCUAAAUUGAUAAAUAUUGGUGCCAUGGCUGCCAUGAGAGCUGGAUACCCUUGUUUAAUUUUUCAUAAUGUUGAUAUGCUACCACUGAAACCAGCUAAUUUAUAUGCAUGUUCCAAAUGGCCUAGGCUCAUGUCAAGCAAUACUGAUAGCUUUAGAUUUGUUUGGCCAUAUUUAAAAUCUUUUGGUGGGGCUGUAGCAAUUUUGGGAAAGCAGUACAAAAAUAUAAAUGGAAUGAGCAAUAAGUUCUUUGGUGUGUGUGACAAUCUCGUAAACAGAAAUCAAUCUUCACAAAAAAAGGAAUGGCAGAGGAUGGAU